UGGGGGUCAGCCCCACGAGAAGGCGGAUCUUGGGAAGAGAAGAAGCUUUCUGAGGUUCAGAGAGCGAGUAGAAGCUGCAGCCAUCACCUUCACCAUGGCCAGCAAAAGCCGGGCUGGGAGCAGGGCGAUUACGGAAUUACAGAUUAAGAUAGAUGAGCUACAAAAUACCAACCGAGGUCUGGAGCAGCACAUUCUGCACCUCCAGGAAGACAAGGAAUUGGUGAGCGAUCAGGUUGAUGUCCUGACUCGGAAAAAUGAACAGCUGUGCAGCGAGCUGACGGAAUUAGACCAGUUAGCAGAGCAGCUGGAGAAAGGCAAGAAGCGCGAUCUGGAUGCUGCUGAACAAGAGCUUCAGGAUACAAAGAGUGAAAUUAGAAGACAGCAGAAAACCAUUGCAGACUUGGAACUCUUGAUAAACAAUGUAAAGCUGGAAGCUGACAUGGCCAAAGAACACUUAGGAAAAGCAGAAAUGAGCCUGAAAGAACAAAAGGAGGAGAACCGGACCUUGAACGUUCUCUUAGACCAGCUACAAGAAGAUAAAGAUAGACUGACCAAGAAACUUGAGAAAGCUGAGAAAACAGAGAAAAAUAAUGUUCUGGCAAAAGAAAAGAGUAAAGCAAUGGCUCCCUCUAAGCUUGAUGCAUUUGUGAAGACUUUGGAGGAAGAAAGAGAUCAUUACAAGCGGGAAGCAGAAAAUAUGAGAAAAAUGCUGCGCGGACGAAGUCGUAGUCCCAAACGUAUCACCUCUCAGCUGGAUUCUGAACUGGGGAAAAUUUUGAAAGAAAGAGAUGCCAUCCAAGCCAUGCUAGAGAAGUAUGAGCGACAUAUGGCAGAAAUACAGGGAAAUGUGAAAGUUCUGACAUCAGAGCGCGACAAGACCAUCAUGCUUUAUGAAAAGGCACAGCAAGAAAUAGCACAGCUUCGAAGAGAGCUUCUAAAAUCCCCCAAAACCCCCAAAACAAGUCUGACAGCUCAGUCCAUCUUGAGGCGCGUGGAAUCUGAACGUGACAGUGCCAUUUCAGACUUACGCAGGAUGACCACUGAACGUGACAGCCUUCGAGAAAGGUUAAAGAUUUCUCAAGAGACAGCCAUUAAUGACAGAGCUCACUUGGAGCAGAGUGUGGAAGAGUUACAAUGUUCAAUUCGAAUUGUAGAAGAUGAGUGUGUGGAACACAAAUGUAAACUUUCAGCCCUGAAAGAGACCGUGUGCUCUCUAGAGAAUGAAAUUAAAAUAACGACAAGACGUGCGAUGGAAGCAGAACAUGAGUUAAUGCAGCGGAAAUCAGAGCUCGACUCAUUAAGGCUAUUGAAUGAAAAGACAGAGCAGUCUUUGGAGGAAACUCAACGGCGCCUCUCAAUGAAACUAAGUGAGCUGGAACUUGCACAGGAGAAAACUAUGAGACUGGAAAAUAAGAUUGGUGAACAAACAAGCCAGAACCUCUCCCAGCGAGAAGAGAUUUCUGUCUUAAAGGCAACUAUUUCCCAGCUGGACAGCGAGAAGGAUUCUCUGACAUACAGCUUUGACCAGAAGACAGAAACUAUUUCUUCGCUUGAAAAGAGCAUUGCUUUUAAGGAAACCACCAUUCAAAACUUAAGAAAGGAACUUGGUGAAGUGGAAAGUUCUGCACGACAAUCUGCCAUGAUUCUGAGCAGCCAAGAGCAAGACAUCAGCCGGCUCCGUCGGCAGAUGGAUGAAAUCAGUGAUGAACUCUCUCGCACCGGACGCGACAGGGAACAGGUAGCUCAGGAGAACAUCCGUCUGCAAGAGCAGCUGUCCAAGAGCAAAACGGAGAUGCAGGCUCAAAGCCACAAGUUGAAAGACUGUCAAAGCAAGCUGGAAGACGUGACACUCAAAUUACAAGAUGCCCUUACAAAUGUUGCAAGGCUGGAAAACACAGUUGGUUCCAAAGAAAAGGAGAACCGCGAUCUUCUAGAUAACUAUCGCAGCGCCACUUCACAGGCGGAAAGUUGGGAGAAAAAUUUCCACCAAGCAGAAAGCGAAUGCAGGUCUGUCAAACUGGAGCUUCUGAAUGCCGAGUCUGAGCGCCGGAGGUACAAGGAAAGAGCUGAAUCGUUAGAAGCAGAGAUUGAACAACAUCUUACCUCUGAGCAGUCCUACAAGUCUCGGAUAAAUUCCCUGACAAAAGCAAUAUCACGAAUGGAGGAAGAGCUCCAGCAGAUGAAAGGCGAGAAGGCUUCAGUGCUCAGUGACUUGGCCUCAACACGAGAACUCUGCGUUAAGCUGGACUCGGGAAAAGAGUUUUUAAACCGCCAGCUCUGCUCUAAAUCCCAGGACAUGGAAAGGCUUCAGUGUGAACUAGAAACAUCACGUUCGGAGACAGAACUUUUGAGGAAGCAGUUGGCCAGCGAGCGAAUAUCCAUAAAGAAUCUGGAAUCUUUGUUGGCGUCUAAUCAGGAAAAAGAAUACCAGACGCACUUACGGGCCGAGGAGCUGGGCUCUGAACUUCAGCUUCUUACAGAAAAACUCAUUUUGGCAGAGAGCAAACUUGAAACCCAGAGUCGAGAAUCCUCCCAGCUGAGGAAUAGAAUAACGCAGCAGGACACCGAACUUGAAAUCACGAGAAGACACCUGUCAACGGAACAGUUUGAAAGGCAACGUGCAGUGAAGGAGCUUCGACGUCAAACAUAUCCACACCAGGCAAGUUCUUCCUUGAGAAGUUCUCUAAGUCCUUCAAGAGCAUCACCGAAUCGCUUUUUCCGGUCCCCUGAGCGUCUCUCUAGAUCUCCUGUGAGAAACAUAGAAAGGAGUUCAUUCUUCAGAGACUUCUAGAAUGGACACAAGAUAACGUUUGGCUUAAAAUCAUCAUGAAGAAGCAGGCUUAAAAUUCACUAGAAUUCUUAAUGAAGCUGCAAACAGUUUUGUGAAACAAUUGAUAUUAUGACAACAAUGAGAUCAACUUUUUGGUUCUUUUUAAUUCUGUUGGUGUCUACAGUACUACCCAGUGAUGUAUUUCAGACUAGGCCCCGCAAAACCCG